AUGUCGGAGAGUAACGCAACCAUUAGAAGACGCCUCCCCAUCGGGUUCACGGUGUCGAGCAGAGUGGGUGCUGAAGGAUUGAUUCUGUUCUCGCUAGUCUACCACCACCUCUUUCUCUCAACAAAUACUCCAGUGAGAGCCCCGAAGGACGCCAUAGCCUGGUGGCGGCAGCCUCCUCUUGUCCGACUUCCUCUUGGUCAUGGCACUCUUUCACACCUCUCUCUCUUACUCCCUCUUUCCCUCUCUCUUAACGCCUAA